UGCUUCACAUCUUGCCCUGACUACUGCUGCUACUGCUGCUAUUGCAUUUUCAAUCUGGCUGACCCAGAGCUACAGGGAUGGAUAUCACAAAAGCCUCCAAAGUUUUUGUCUCAACUGGGCGUCGGAUCCUCACCAUUGGCUUUGCCUUGCUCAUACUCUCCGUCCUGGCUUGGGCCUACAUUGCAGGGAUUCAGCUGGUUGCUGACAAGUACCACAUCAUGGCUUUUGGUCUUUAUGGAGCCUUUCUCGCAUGCCAUCUCAUAAUCCAGAGUUUCUUUGCCUUUCUGGAGCAUAAGAAGAUGAGGAGGGGCUCAUUGACAUGCAGCUAUACAAAGACAGUGGCUCUCACCAUCUCUGCUUAUCAGGAGGACCCAGCUUACCUUCGUGAGUGCCUUCAGUCUGUGAAAGCAACCUUGUAUCCCUCUGACAAGCUCCGGGUGAUCAUGGUAAUAGAUGGCAACAGCACUGAUGACCGGUACAUGAUGGACAUGUUCGAGGAGGUCUUCGCUGGAGAGGACGUGGGCACUUUUAUCUGGGAGAACAACUACCACCACCAGCCCCAGCUGGAUGUAGAUGAAGGGGACAGUGGUUACCAGGCUGGGGAUGAGCCAUCCAUCUAUAGUGAAAUAGACAUGGAUGACCCUGGGCAACUGACUGUAGAAGAAUUGAUCCGGACUAAGAGAUGUGUCUGUAUCAUGCAGAAAUGGGGCGGGAAGAGGGAAGUCAUGUACACUGCUUUCAAGGCCCUAGGGAACUCAGUGGAUUAUGUCCAGGUUUGUGACUCAGACACCAAAUUGGACCCAGCGGCGACAUUAGAACUGGUGAAGGUUCUGGAGUCAGACGAACGCUAUGGGGCCGUCGGUGGGGAUGUGCGGAUUCUCAACCUCUCGGACUCCUACAUCAGCUUCAUGAGCAGCUUGCGCUACUGGAUGGCCUUCAACAUUGAACGCGCCUGCCAGUCUUACUUUGAUUGUGUAUCCUGUAUCAGUGGCCCUCUGGGCUUGUAUCGAAAUGACCUUCUGCAACAAUUUCUGGAGUCCUGGUACAAUCAGAAGUUCCUUGGAACCCAUUGCACCUUCGGUGAUGACCGGCACCUCACCAACAGAAUGCUGAGCAUUGGCUAUGCCACUAAGUACACUGCCCGCUCCCGUUGCUACUCAGAGACCCCGUCCUCAUUCCUGCGAUGGUUGGCACAGCAAACCCGUUGGACCAAAUCCUACUUCCGGGAGUGGCUCUACAAUGCCCUUUGGUGGCAUCGUCACCACUUAUGGAUGACCUAUGAGUCUGUGGUCUCAGGCAUCUUCCCCUUUUUUGUCACAGCCACUGUCCUACGGCUGUUUUAUGGGGGGAACCUGUGGGACGUGCUAUGGGUGCUGCUCUGUGUCCAGUUGGUGGCAGUCGUGAAGGCCCUUUAUGCUUGCUGGCUGAGGGGAAAUCCCAUCAUGAUCUUCAUGUCCCUCUACGCUGUGCUUUACAUGGGUGGCCUACUCCCGGCUAAGUAUUUUGCCAUAGCAACCAUGAACAAGAGUAGCUGGGGCACGUCAGGACGGAAGAAAAUGGUGGGGAACUACAUGCCUCUGCUACCUGUUUCUAUCUGGGGUCUUCUCCUUUUGGGAGGCCUGAUCUAUACCAUCUACCAUGAGGCUUUGGCCAACUGGACACAGGAAUCCAAACCAUAUGAGAUCCCAUACCUGCUCAUUGGCUCAGCUAUCUAUUUGGGCUACUGGAUGUUCAUGAUCAUGCUCUAUUGGGUAUGGGUUCGGAGGUGCUGCCGAAAACGUGUGGAUUUCUACAGUGUUCAGGUGUGAGCUGGACAGAGAAAAAGGGCUGGGGAACCUGAAAUCUAUACCUGGCUACUGCUGGACAGAUGAGGGUGGGAAUCUAGAGUCUUGGUUUGCCAUCCAUGCUCUAAGAGAAGAAAGUGGCCAAGUAGGAGUGCGUGGAUGAGAACUAGCGGCUUAUGGUAGGGGAUGCUUCCUAAGUCCUCCUCCAUUCGUUCCCUUACCCUACCAAUAUGGUGGUCAGUAGAGGUGAAGUCUAUACUCCUUGAGUUCUCUUCCAGAAGCCAAGGUGAUGGUGGAGAAGCCUUAAGACACCUGUAUCUCAGGAAGCGUAUCUGUUUCAUCUGACUGCACAUGAGAGGCUCCUACCUGCCCUUCUCUCCCAUUUCAGCUGGUAGCUUUCUGUGCCUAGGAAACAUUUCUGACCUCAGUUUAUUUAUUAGUAUUGAGUUUCCCCAUUCAGGGAGCACCAGCCUGUCUACCUUCACCUGUCUGAAAUGUAAUCCCCUCUGCUGUGGGGAGGAACAUAACUACAUAGGGAUGUGUGCUGCAUACAACCCGGUCUCAUUGCACUGAAAAGCCAUGCCACCUCGGAGCAGAGGAGUCCUUGAACAAAAAGAGAGACUGAGACCUAGCGGCUGUGGACUGCAGUGGUUCUGUCAAAGUUUGCAACAGAUUGGAUUUCACUGUUAAAAGUGGGAGGAAUCCUCACUUAUCUACAAUUGGAGUCCAGGCCUAUAUGAUGCCUUAAAGGAUUCUCUCUCCCUCUCUCUUUCUUAUGCAAAAAGGAAAAAAAAAGCAGUAUGUCUUUUGGCAAUUACCAAAAAGAGAAAAGAAAAGAAAAAACAGAGGGAAACCCAUUGUGCAACAGAAGCUGGAAAAUUUUGUCUUGCAUUAUUUUCCCCUACCGGGAAAAGAAGAUAAGGAGGAUUGAUUUCACAUUUCUCCCCAUCAUUUCUUUACAACUGUAAUGACCAGGGAUUUGCACGGGAAGUCCCUUUCUUGUUAAAAAAAAAUUGAAGGAGACAAAAGUUAUUUAUUUGCCAUAUUUUAAUAAUAAGAAGGACUAUUUAAUGGGUUUUUUUAAAAAGCAAGAAAUAUUGAAUAAUGAGAUUUUUUAAAAA